UUCUUUUUCUUUUUUUUUUUUCAUUCUAAACUUUAAUGUUACAUGGGUUCUUUAAGUGAACUCCUAGCUAAAGAAGGAUUUUCAAAUUCAAAUUCUAAACACUUGAAAGUUAAAUCCAAUACAACACUAGUUAAUAAUAAUGAUCAUGACUCCAUUUCUUUGCCUAUCUACAUUUGCCAUAACCGUAAAAGCUUUGAUGUCCCUAAACACAAAAAAACGGCUUCAAUCGUUUCAUCAAAAGGCCGUCGUUCGUCCCUUUCUAACGAACCUGCCAUUGAUGAAGUCGCCACUAAAGCUGUUAUCUCCAUUCUAAGUGGCUAUGCAGGAAAGUACUUAAAAAACAAAGAUUUUCGAGAUUCUUUGAGAGAAAAAUGUACUUCAUGUUUUGUGAGAAGAAGUAGUGAGUUAUCAGAUAAUGGUAUUUUUGCAAAUAUGAAGUUAGGAAUUGAGAGUAUCGAGAAGUUAAUUGAUAAUCCAGGGACAGUUAAGGAGUUGAAAAUCAAAUCAUUAAGGAACGCGAUAGGCUUUUUAACAAUAGUUGCGGCGUUAAAUUGUAAAGAAUCAAGAAAUGGGACAACAUGUGGGACUCCAAAUUCACAUCUUUCAGCUUGUGCUCAGCUUUAUUUGUCCAUUGUUUAUAAGCUUGAGAAGAAUGAUAGAAUUUGUGCUAGACAUAUGCUACAAGUAUUUGUCGAUUCACCUCAAUUAGCUAGAACACACUUGUUACCGGAUCUUUGGGACCAUUUUUUUCUUCCACAUCUCCUUCAUCUCAAAAUUUGGUUCAAUAGACAAGUUGAAACACUUUCGGAUGAUAGUUUGCAUGAUCAACAAGAACGGAUGAAACAUUUGACUAAGGUUUAUGAAGAUCAAAUGGAUAUGGGUACAGUUCAGUUUGCUCUGUACUAUAAAGAAUGGCUUAAAACUGGCGGUCAACCUCCUGCCAAUCUUCCUUCUGUCCCUUUGCCUUCAAGCAAUUUAUUGUCAGCUAAUUCUUCUACACGACGAAGGAGUAGUUCAUCCUUCAACAAAAUGUUACAACGUACUAUAUUUGGCAUUCCUAUUGAGAAACAACCAUCAAUGGAGUUCGACUAUGAAGCUAUGCAACAAAAGGAAGAAGAAGAAGAAGAAGUGUGUAUAAAUGAUUAUAGCAAUAACCAAGAAAACAAUAUCAAUAAUAGACUCACUGGUCUUCAUAAACCAUCAAGCUUAACUUCAAUCAAGCAAGACUAUACACGGUUUCUUCCCUGUCAAAGCUCAGUAACCGAACCCCAAGUGAUGAAUUCACGUGUAGUUGCAUUUACAUGUUCAUCAGACCUAACCCGAGCUAUUAACACAAUUACCAUGUCUGAAAGUUUAGCAGAAUGUGAAACGGCGAUCCGUGACAUGACCAAAGCAUGGUUAGAUGAUCCUUCAAUCGAAAAUAUAUUGUCCAAGCCAUCAAUAAUAGAAGGUUUGCUAGAAGUGUUGUUUGCAUCUAGCAAUGAAGAAAUCCUUGAGCUAGUCAUCUCAUUGUUAACCGAAUUUGUAUCCAAAAACGAAUCACAUGGCAAGAUCAUACUGAGCUUAGAUCCACAACUCGAGGGUUUUAUGAAUCUCAUGAGAAACAGCAGCUUGUUCUUGAAAGCAGCAUCUCUACUCCACUUAGUGAAGCCAGAAGCCAAACAGAUGAUAUCCAUAGAAUGGAUCCCUUUAGUUCUACGUGUUCUUGAAUUUGGAGAUCAAACACAAACUCUAUUCAGUGUUCGUUGCAGUCCUCAUGUGGCAGCAUAUUACUUCCUUGACCAACUUCUCAACAGGUUUGACCAAGACCGGAAUUUGGAGAAUGCGAGACAAGUUAUUUCUCUUGGAGGGUUGAGUUUAUUGUUGAGAAGAAUGGAGAUUGGGGAUACCAUGGAAAAGAUCAAGGCCAUUUUCGUCAUUUAUUGCUGUAUUACAGCAGAUGGAAGGUGUCGCCAUUACUUGGUCGAUAACUUGAACCCUCAGCUAAUUCUUGAGCUCUUGGUCCAUGCAAAAGAGUUCGACUGCAAUGAGAUCACAGUCUGUUUGCUUGUCGAGUUAAUCUGCCUGCGUAGAUUGGAGCAAAGAACCAAACUUUUCGAUAAACUAUUAACGGGGUGGGAUUGCUUGAACACUAUGCAAAUCUUGCUAGUUUCUUUACAAAGAAGUACACGAGAAAACCGCCCCUUGGUUGCUGCUAUAAUGCUUCAGCUUGAUCUUAUGGGAGAUCCUCUGAAGAGUAGUGUGUACCGACAGGAGGCCAUAGAGGCUUUAACCAAAGCAAUGGAUCCUCAAAUAUGUAGUGAAAAUGUUCAAGAACAAGCAACGAAAGCCUUAUUGAUACUAGGAGGCAGGUAUGCGUACACAGGCACUCCUGAAGUAGAAAAGUGGAUCAUGAAAGAAGCUGGUUAUAAUGAAAGCUUGGAGGGUGGCUUCUGUGGCAGAUAUUAUGUCGUUGAAGGAUCCAACCAUGCGGAUGAGUAUGACGAGAUUGAGCACUGGCAAAGGAAAACUGCGAUGGUUCUAUGGAUCAGUGGGGGCAAAGAACUGAUAGGCGCAUUAGGUGAGUCAAUAGCUAAUGGGAUUCCGUGUUUGGCACGCACAAGCCUUGUGACAGUCGCAUGGAUGAGCAAAUUUGUGCAUACGGUUGGGGAUGGAGACAUUCUUCAGAGUAUCAACUUUUCAACUCUGAUACGGCAAUUGAUACAAUCUUUGAGUCGUGACAACACCAUUGAAGAGAGAGUUCUUUCCUCAUUAUCCUUGCUAUUCCUUUCCACAAGUUCAGGCUUAUUAUCUGAGAUAUCAGAUGAUGAGAAAAAGGCAAUGAUGGUUCAUCUUAGAAACAUAUCAAAAUUAACAUGGACCGCCAAAAAACUUGGUUCAAUUAUAACAGGAAGUCCAUCAAGAAGACAUUCCGGCCUAUAACAAAGGCUUGUUCAUUCAAUUAUAACCUAGCAUUGCAGGGCUGGGUAGUAUAGUAUAUAUGAGUGUACAAAUAGCUCAUUAUUUCCUCCAUUUAGUGUUUGUUAAUACUUGUAACGUAAUGUAAUUUUUUUUGUAAACCACCUACAUGCGUAUAUCAUUUCACAUGUUAUCGAUCUGGCUUAUUGGGAUUAAA